AUUAUUUUAAAUUUAUAGACAUGAAAUAUACCGAUGAAGAUCUAAUAAGGUGUUUAACGAAAUUUAUUCGUGGAAUGCCUAUUGACUACGAUGAUAUUCCGUAUGUAGACUUAUACGGUGAUAAAGAGCCAGCUGAAUUAUUCCAAAAUUUAGGUAAUAAUCAUGUAAACUAUUUCUUUACUCAGUUAAAGAGAAAAGCGAUCAAGGGUAAAAACUUCAACAGAUCAAUUGUUGGAGGUCGCAAAUGGAAAGGACGAGACAAUAGUAAAGAAAUUUUGGACAAGGAAAGAUCACGAAUUGGGUAUAAGAAAACUUUUCGUUUUGAUGAAGAAAGUGGUAGUGAAGAUAAAGAAAUUGUAUACUGGAUUGUGAAAGAAUAUUGUCUUGAUAAAACUACAGUGGAUGUAUUAAGAGAAUGCGGUGAAAUAAGACAUGAAGACUUUGUAGUGUGUUUCAUUACAAAGAAAGUUAAUUUAUGCAAACAUCACCAAGAUACUUCUACAACAACUGAUAAUGUAGUUCCUGAUUGUGUCUUAAAUCUGUCCAGAGAUCAUGAUGAAUGGUUAUAUGGUGCAAAAAUUUGGCAGCUACCACCAUUGGAUGAAUCGUUUAAAGCCUUGACUGAUGAAGAAUUGAAUUACUUUGAUACGCCUGAUCCUGAAUAUCCUCACGCAUAUAUACAUGAGAAUAAGAAAUUAAAUUAGUGCUAAUUAGUUGUACAUUUAUUUUAGUCACUUCAAUUUGUAAAACUAUAUUAGCAAAUAUUCCUAUUGUUAUUUAAUGGAUCACAUCUAUUUAUAACUAAAUAGUUUUUUUUUUAUUUCGAUACUUAUAUUAGAGUUCGAUUGAAUUUAAAUUCACAUAAAAAAAUAUUUAUUGUGACAUAAAUACUAGCCAGAGCUAUAAAAAUAAAGACCACGUUAAUCUCAUGAUUGUGUUUGUUCAUAUAUCAAAAUCCCAGAUGGAGUUAUUGAAUCAAAUCACAGAAGAAUAUAAUUUGCACCUUUCAAAAAAUUAUCUCAAUCUGAAUUCACACCAUACAAAAAGUUGA